CACCUAGCUCCCAGCUCACGAGGACCGGGCGGCUGCACCCAGGGCUGCUUUUGUCACCCACUCAAGAGGGUUCUAGGGGUUAGCGUGCAGUCACCUCAGAUGCACUGAGUGUGUGGAAGGAGGGACUUGGGGGUGCCCCUGGCCUCUGCCAGGCCACUCCGCGUGCUGAGGUGGGCCCCCACCCUGGCCUCCCCCGCGUGCCAAGGCUCUGCCAUCCCCCAGCUAUUGUGCUGCCUGCAUCCCGGACACCAGGGUGAGGAGCUUCUGCAGGGCUCCUGAUGGAUCCCUGGGGAGGAUCCAUGCGCUCACGAGGGUCAGAGUCCUGCUGGGGGGUGGGCUGGGAGGGCCAACCAUGAUCUGGGUUCAAACUCCGGAUCCAGCGCGGUUCCCGUGGGAGACUGAUGGCUCGCCCCUGUGUGUCCUAUCUUGGCAGGAGGUGGUGGUGGACCAACUGAAGGUCCCUGGAGGGGCCCCCGAGUGAGUCCCACUAAUGCUGGGGUCUGGGGGGGAGUCUGCCCCUUCGCAGCUGGCUCCCUGCCCACUCCCCACUCCUGGAAGCCAUGGGGCCCUAAUUCUUCGACGCACUGGCAGCGCCGCCACAGAGGGGAAACGCACUGAGGGGCUGGGGCCACCACUCGGCAGGCUCCCACUGCGCCUGGUGGCCGCGUCCUCCGCCAACACGGGCUCAAGUUCCGCUGGAGAGUCACGGAGCCUGAACAUCGCAAACCCAGGUCCCCCUGCAGAAAUCUCCAGGUGCCUGAAGAUUCGGGCCCCUGUGCCGGGGGUGCUGGGGGUUCAGCCAGCCCUCCAGGUGCCUGGGAUGUUUGAGAGUCCCGGACCGCAGCCAUGGAGGCCACCUGGACCCCCAGGCCCGUGUGUGUCGCCCGCCAGCCCCGAGAAAAUGGGACCGCGGGGGCCCCCCGGCCCCCCAGGGCCGCCUGGCCUGCCGGGCAAGGACGGCAUCGACGGAGAAGCCGGCCCGCCAGGCCUGCCUGGAGCCCUGGGACCGAAAGGGGCCCCGGGGAAGCCGGGGAAACCAGGAGAGGCCGGGCUGCCGGGCCUGCCCGGAGUGGACGGUCUGACUGGGCGAGAUGGACCCCCUGGACCCAAGGGCGCCCCUGGAGAACGGGGAAGUCUGGGCCCCCCAGGGCCCCCCGGGCUUGGGGGCAAAGGGCUCCCCGGACCCCCUGGAGAGGCGGGCGUGAGCGGCCUCCCAGGCGGCAUCGGCCUCCGCGGCCCCCCGGGACCCUCUGGACUUCCAGGCCUCCCGGGCCCCCCAGGACCUCCCGGACCCCCUGGACACCCAGGGGUCCUUCCAGAAGGUGCUACUGACGUUCAGUGCCCAGCCAUCUGCCCACCAGGGCCCCCGGGCCCCCCAGGAAUGCCGGGGUUCAAGGGACCCACCGGCUACAAAGGGGAGCAAGGAGAGGUCGGCAAGGAUGGUGAGAAGGGCAACCCCGGUCCCCCUGGGCCUGCUGGCAUCCCGGGCACCGUGGGGCUGCAGGGCCCUCGAGGGUUACGAGGACUGCCGGGGCCACUCGGGCCCCCCGGGGACCGGGGUCCAGUCGGGUUCCGAGGACACCCAGGCACCCCAGGAGCACCCGGGAAAGCGGGCGACCGAGGCGAGAGAGGCCCAGACGGGGUCCGUGGCCCCAAGGGAGACGUCGGCAGGUCGGGCCCCAGAGGAAUCACUGGAGUAGCCGGGCCGGGUGGGGAGCCGGGCAUGCCGGGCAAGGAUGGCCAGGACGGUGUGCCAGGGCUGGAUGGCGAGAAGGGAGACGCUGGUCGCUCCGGAGCACCCGGAGACAAGGGUCCCAACGGGCUGCCGGGACUGCCAGGACGAGCAGGAUCCAAAGGCGAGAAGGGAGAACCGGGCAAAGCCGGAGAGCUGGGUGAGGCCGGCCCCUCGGGAGAGCCUGGUGUCCCUGGAGAUGCUGGUGUGCCCGGGGAGCGUGGCGAGGCGGGCCACAGGGGCUCGGCGGGGGCACUUGGCCCGCAAGGCCCUCCUGGAGCCGCUGGGCUCCGUGGCUUCCAGGGCCGGAGGGGCAGCAGUGGAGACCCCGGCUUGCCAGGACCCCAGGGCCUUCGGGGUGACACUGGCGACCGGGGCCCAGGCGGAGCCGCAGGCCCAAAGGGAGACCAGGGCUCUGCAGGCGCCGACGGCCUCCCCGGGGAUAAAGGAGAACUGGGCCCCAGUGGGCCUGUUGGGCCAAAAGGAGAGUCCGGCGGCCGAGGGGAGCUGGGCCCGAAAGGCAUGCAGGGCCCCAACGGCACGAGUGGAGUCCAGGGCGUCCCAGGCCCACCCGGCCCCGUGGGCUUCCAAGGAGUGCCAGGGGUCCCUGGGAUUACUGGAAAGCCAGGAGUUCCGGGUGAGGAAGCCAGCGAGCAGCGCAUCAGGGAGCUGUGUGGGGGCAUGAUGAGUGAACAAAUCGCGCAGCUGGCGGCAAAUCUGAGGAAGCCUCUAGCACCCGGCUCCAUCGGGCGGCCUGGUCCAGCCGGGCCCCCAGGCCCCCCGGGCCCCCCCGGCUCCAUCGGCCAUCCUGGUGCCCGAGGGCCUCCUGGAUAUCGCGGCCCCCCCGGAGAGCUGGGAGACCCCGGCCCCAGAGGAAACCAGGGGGACAGAGGGGACAAAGGAGCGGCGGGCGAGGGUCUCGACGGGCCUGACGGAGAUCAAGGGCUCCAAGGCCCACAAGGUGUGCCCGGCAUCGGCAAGGACGGCCACGACGGUGCUCAUGGCGAACCUGGGCUCCCCGGUGACCCCGGCGUGCCCGGUGCUCCUGGUGCGCAGGGGACACCCGGGGUCUGUGACACGGCAGCCUGCCAAGGAGCCGUGCUUGGAGGCGGUGGGGAGAAGGUGGGUUCUAGAAGCUCAUGAAGCACAACUGGAGGAGUGAAAAAGCGACCGACUACGUAGGCAGUGAGUGGGAAAGCCCUUCUGCAGGGCUGAGUGGGCCCUUCCGCCAUGGGGGGACGCCCUGCUCACAUGGCUGGGGCAGCCUCCCCGGCCCGUCCCCCAGCAUCCUCAGUCCUGUCCGCCAGGCGUCUCCGGCUCUCUGCGUAUUUACAAUGGUCCCUUCACCUGUGACGUCAGACCUCAAACACAGGCCCUCUGUGAUAAAACCGUAACCCCGCGUUCGAGGGAGAUGGGAGUGUAUAUAAAAAAGUGUGUACAAUCCCACAAGAGAAAAUACUCGGUAACUUGUUUACAUAACAUUUGUGUGAAGACUAUAGUAAUCUUCAGAUUAAUCGGCUACAGUGUAAAAAAAAACAAUGUACGAUACCCUUCUAUCCAAAGGUCUCGUCUGGUUUACCUGCUCCUUUUUGUGUACAGACCCACAGCUAUGUCUGAUUAACAGUAUUUAUGAAGGUGACUGGGCAUUGCACUAAAGUCUAUCGGUAUUAUCUAUGGUAAUAAAUAAAGCCACUCAUUUGAAAACCUCA